UAGCAGGCAGCGUCGGAUCGCGGAUGAACGAGGCGGGAAUUAUCAAGCGCAGAGACGACAACCAGGCCGCGACCGAUCUUCCAUUCGUAGACGCGAACGCUUUCAAUUUACCCAUCAAGCUAUGCAUUGCAAAUAUGUCUGGGUCUGGAAGGAUGCGGACUUGUGAUGCGCAUUUCACAACACAGACAAAUCUCUCAUGCAUAGGCAGCAAAAGGUGCCCAAUUCCUGUCAGUAAAAUGGGGGAUUUGUCAUGCGGAUUAAGCAAUGCGGAAGCUUCUUGAAGUCUGUGAUGGUAGGGCUUCCAUGACAAACAUUUUGUGUCGUGCAAAAACAGCAUGACAAAAAUCUGCAUUCUUCCAGACCGAGACAUUUUUGCAUUGGAUACAAGCGCAGAGACGCGAAUCACGCGGCGGCGACCGAUCUUCCAGUCGUAGCACCAGCCCCGAGCAUUUUCAAUUUUCCAACCUCCAUAUGAGAGUGCAUAACUCCACCUCCUCCUGAUUUGUAUUGCAUGAACAGCAACACAAACACCGCCACACCUGGAGCCUGUGCAUGACAAGUUCAUGCGCCUGUUGUAGUACUGUUUGGGCUUCCGGAAUCUGUCAUCCAAACAGUGCCACAGGGAAGGACUUGGAUUUGGAGUUUUGGAGAGGGAGUUGUGCACUGUCAUACUCCAGUUCCUAGGAGACGAGGAGAAAUGGCAGAUCGGAUCGCACUUGGGAGACGGAUAUCCACGGCAAAUAUGUCUGGGUCUGGAAACUUGUGAUGCAUGUCAGUGAACCAUAAGGACAGUAUGAUGUGUCGCCAAGCAUGACAGCUUUUGUUUUUUCGUGGCUCUGUGUUGUGUGUCUCGCAUGAGAAACUGCGUUACGCGAGGAGCUCUGCGAGGCCACGCGGCACAGGGCGCAGUAGAGUCAUACCAAAAUAGCAUGGCAAACUACUUCGAAAUCAUCGUCCAGGAGACCCAGAAACGUUUUCAAUUCAUAACGACACGUUUGGCCGAG